AUGGCCGUCUCUGCAUUUCCGUCCGAAGACUCUCCGGAUCUCACCCUCCUAAACGUGGCGCGGCUGUUUACCCGUCUGGAACACAACCUCCUCUCCCCAGGCUCGGAACUCCACACCCUGCGCAAGUCUGAGCUCCAGCGCGUGCGAGUGGCCAAGAAUGUCGACUACGCCCGCACCCUCCUGUCCCAACUGGAACGCUCGCUCCCGCAAUUGAAACCGCUGGACCGGCGACACGAGGCGCAGGCGGAGAUUGCGCGGGACAGACAGCUGCUGAAGCGCAUGCAGAGCUUGCUGGACGAGGAGGAGGCCCGCGCGGAGAAUGACGGCGACGAUGCAGAAGAUGGCGAGGGCGGCGACGAGUGGAAGGAGUUAUUUGCCAACUCCGUCGCGGGGGAAACGGUGGUUUCACCAACAGGCACACAAGACCGACCAGUCCGGAUAGACAAAGAUGCAAGAGGAGAGCCCGAGAUCGAAGGGGCGGCACCUUCCUCCGCCACAUUCACCCCAGUGACAUCGACGCCAACACCCGCACACACCACUACAACAGCGCCUGCUCCAACACCUGCAUCCACCAUCCGCAAGCGCAAUCUCCCCACCAACAUGCAAGGCACAGCAGAGCCCGCCGCAGCGGCCAAAGCCACCGGCAGCAUCACCCGGCCAGACCACACACUCUCCUCCAAAGAAGACGCCCUCAGUGCACAGCGUCUCGAACAAGAAGAUCUCACCGGCUCUCUGCUCUCGUUGGCCAGCCAACUGAAGGCCUCAUCACAGUCCUUUCAGGCGACGCUGGGGAACGAGAAGUCCGUACUGGACCGGGCGGUCUCGGGCAUCGACAAGACAAGUAGCACGAUGGAGGCGGCGGGGCAGCGGAUGGGGAUGCUGCGGCGGAUGACGGAGGGGCAAGGGUGGUGGGGGCGGCUGAUGCUGUAUGCGUGGAUUUUCGGGUUGUGGGUGGUUGCGGUGUUGAUUGUUUAUGUUGGGCCGAAGCUGAGAUUCUAA